AUGGCUCGGGCGUACGCGGGGGAGGAGGGGGUCUUGGGCGAGGCGGUGGCCGUGGAGGCGCCGCCGGGCGUUGAGGCCGCGCAGCCGCGGGGGGCAGCGCGGGCGGCGGGCGGCGCUGCCGCCGCUGCUGCUGCUGCGCUUCCGGACAGACCACUGGUCGCCGCAGCAGCAGAGGCGCAGCGCAAGCGGUCCACGCGGAAGCGGGAACUGAGUCUGACUCUGCUGUACCUGCUGGCGAUCGGGGUGUUGGCGAGCCGGCGGCUGCUGCAGGGGCGCGCGGGCGGGGGCGGCGCCGCAGGCGCGGCUGCGCAGGCCGCAGUGGGGGGCGCAGCAGCAGCAGCAGCGCGCAGCAGCAGGGGCCCCGCGGACGCGGCGGGGGGCCCCCCCGGGCCCGCAGCGGCCGUCCGCGCGAAGCUGGGGGAGCUGCAGCGGCUGCUGCCCGCAGCAGAAGUGGUGGUGGAAGUGCUGGACGCUUUGGAGCCGCAGGUGCUGCUGCACAACGCGCAGGCCAAAGUGAAGAAGGCCUUUUUGGAGGAGGCGAGCGGCGCGGCGUCGGAGGCGACGCUGGAGAGUCUGGGGGAGGCGCUGGGGGAGCUGCACAGGCUGCAGGGGCUGGCGCUGCAGCAGGGGGAGCAGCUGGCGCAGCAGCAGCAGCAGCAGCAGCAGGCGCUGCCGCAGCUGCAAGGCCGAACGCGGCCUCUGCAUGCACGCGCUUCGAGGCUUCCGCCCGGCGGCUUCAUUUGA